AUGUCCACGAAAAUCUCAACUUUGAACCGCACAUCAUCCACCAUGGUUUUGGCAGAGCUAGGUUCUCGUUUGCGGGAUGCUCUUUCCGGCGUCAGUUCGGGGUCCGAAGAGGAGAUCCAAGCCAUGAUAAAAGAUAUCUGUACGGCAUUAUUGGAAAGUGACGUCAAUGUUAAAUUGGUGGCCAAAUUGCGAGACAAUAUCAAGGCAAAAGUGAAGAAAGAAGUACGCAAUGACGAAGCCGCGGCAAACAAGAGAAAGAAGCUUCAAAAGAUUGUGUUUGACGAGCUCUGUGCGCUUGUGGAUUCACAUGAAGAACCUCCCAAGCCUAAAAAAUUGAGCCAGCAGGCAAAACAGAAGAGUAUUCGAGGAAAGAAAAUAACGAAAAACAAUGCAGAAUCACACAUCAUUAUGUUUGUUGGUCUUCAGGGUGCGGGUAAGACAACCUCCUGUACCAAGUUGGCCGUCUACUAUAAGAAAAGAGGGUUUAAAGUGGGCUUGGUUUGUGCGGAUACGUUUAGAGCUGGUGCUUUUGAUCAGUUGAAGCAAAACGCUACAAAGUCGCUGAUUCCAUACUAUGGUUCGUACUUGGAGACUGAUCCCGUAAAGGUGGCCCAUGAAGGUGUGGUCAAGUUUAGAAAAGAGAAAUUUGAUAUCAUCAUCGUGGAUACCUCGGGAAGACACAAGCAAGAACAAUCCUUGUUUGACGAAAUGGUACAAAUCUCCGAAGCUGUGCAGCCCACUCAAACUAUAAUGGUGAUGGACGGUUCAAUUGGUCAAGCGGCCGAGCUGCAAGCCAGGGCUUUUAAAGAAACCUCUGAUUUCGGUUCGAUCAUUUUGACGAAAAUGGAUGGCCACGCCAAGGGAGGUGGUGCUAUUUCAGCAGUUGCAGCAACCCAAACUCCCAUUGUAUUCAUAGGAACGGGUGAACACGUUGGCGAUCUUGAGACGUUCAGGCCGUCUGCUUUCAUAUCGAAACUUCUCGGAAUCGGCGACAUCCAGUCGUUGAUUGAGCAUGUACAGCUGUUGAAUCUUCAGGACGAUGAGUCGCACAAGAAGACCAUGGAAAAUUUUAAGGAGGGCAAGUUCACAUUGCGUGAUUUCCAAACACAAAUGAACAAUUUCACCAAGAUGGGUUCACUUGCAAACAUUGCCCUGAUGAUUCCAGGUAUGUCAGGAAUAAUGUCGCAGAUUGGAGAAGAAGAAACAUCGAGUAAGAUAAAGAAUAUGAUCUUCAUUAUGGAUCUGAUGACUACAAAAGAAUUGGAUAGCGAUGGUCGUAUUUUCACGGAACAACCAGAGAGAAUUAUCCGAGUUGCUCGUGGUGCUGGCUGUUAUGCCAUUGAAGUGGAGAUGGUUUUGCAGCAGCAAAGAAUGAUGAGUGCUAUGGCUCUGAGUGCCAAAAACAGCGGUGGUGGAGCAUUGGGUGGAAUGGGAGGUAUGCAAAGAAUGAUGCAACAAGCACAACUGAACCCUGGAUUCAUGCAACAAGCAAUGCAAAUGAUGGGUGGAGGUGGUGGAAUGCCCGAUAUGUCGGCCAUGAUGAACAAUCCCGGAAUGAUGCAACAAGCUCAACAAAUGAUGAGACAGAACCCUCAGAUGAUGCAACAAGCUCAGCAAAUGAUGCAGAAUCCAGGAAUGAUGCAAAAGAUGAUGAGCCAGUUUGGAGGCAUGGGAGGCAUGUAA